AUGGCCGGAGGGGCGGCAGAGCCGGGGGCCGAGCUGCUGUCCUUCGCGCAGUUCCGGGGCUCGAGCGCGCGGCGGCCCGCCUACGGCUACGGCCCGCGCAGCCUGAGUGAGCUGCGGGCGCGGGAGUUCGGCCGCCUGGCAGGAACUAUCUACCUAGACCAUGCAGGAGCCACUUUGUUCCCCCAGAGCCAGCUCACAAGCUUCACUAAUGAUCUCAUGGAGAAUGUUUAUGGUAAUCCUCACAGCCAGAACAUCAGCAGCAAGCUCACCCAUGACACGGUGGAGCAGGUGCGCUACAGGAUUCUGGAGCACUUCCACACCACGCCAGAGGACUACACUGUAAUCUUCACCUCUGGGAGCACAGCUGCUCUCAAACUGGUGGCCGAGGCCUUUCCGUGGGUGUCCCGCAGCCCGGAGAGCAGCGGGAGUCACUUCUGUUACCUCACCGACAGCCACACCUCCGUGGUGGGCAUGAGGAAGGUGACCACGGCCAUGAACGUCACAUCCACGCCCGUCAGGCCCGAAGACAUAUGGUCCGUGGAGGAACGGGGUGCUGCAGCCGGCGACCCCGACUGCCAGCUUCUGCAUCUCUUCUGUUACCCAGCUCAGAGUAACUUUUCCGGAACCAGGUACCCGCUGUCCUGGGUAGGAGAGGUCAAGUCUGGGCGGAUGCGCCCCGUGAGCGUGCCGGGGAAGUGGUUCGUGCUGCUGGACGCAGCGUCCUACGUGAGCACCUCGCCUUUGGACCUGUCGGCUCACCAAGCCGACUUUGUCCCCAUCUCCUUCUAUAAGAUCUUCGGGUUCCCCACAGGCCUGGGCGCUUUGCUGGUCAAUAAUCGUGUGGCUCCUCUUCUGAGGAAAACCUACUUUGGAGGAGGCACGGCUGCUGCAUACCUUGCAGGAGAGGACUUCUAUAUCCCCAGAUCGUCGGUGGCUGAAAGGUUUGAAGAUGGCACCAUCUCGUUCCUUGAUGUGAUAGCACUAAAACACGGAUUUGACACCCUAGAGCGCCUCACAGGUGGAAUGGAGAAUAUAAAGCAGCACACCUUCACCUUGGUUCAGUACACCUACACUGCCCUGUGCUCUCUCUGCUACCCCAACGGAGCCCCCAUGGUGCGAAUUUACAGUGAUUCUGAAUUCAGUAGCCCCGAGGUUCAGGGUCCCGUCAUCAACUUCAACGUGCUGGAUGACAGUGGGAACAUCAUUGGCUACUCCCAGGUGAACAAAAUGGCCAGUCUUCACAACAUCCUCCUACGAACAGGCUGCUUCUGCAACACGGGAGCCUGCCAGAGGCACCUCGGGAUAAGUGACGAGAUGGUCAAGAAGCAUCUUCAGGCUGGUCAUGUCUGUGGAGAUGAUGUCGACCUCAUAGAUGGGCAUCCCACAGGGUCUGUGAGGAUCUCGUUUGGAUACAUGUCUACGCUGGAGGAUGCCCAGACCUUUCUCAGGUUCAUCAUAGCUACCUGCCUGGGUUCCUCAGGUGGCCACCCUGUCCCUCAGGCUGGUGCUGGGGAGACUGAAGCCACGUCAGCAGAGGGGGAGGCUCAGGACAUUCCCGCAAUCACAGGCAGAUGUGGACUGUUAACUCAGGAAGAUGCUCUCACAGACUCUGGGGUUUGCACUGACUUGUCCACUGCUGUGAAUGCCAUGGAUUUGGGCCCACCUCUGCAUGAGGCCGCCAGAACCCAGCAGAUGCCUUUGGAGAAAGCUGCGGGAGUCCUGGAUGGGGACCUUGGGCCACGUGUUGUCACCAACCUUUACCUCUACCCAAUCAAAUCCUGUGCUGCAUUUGAGGUGACCAGGUGGCCUCUAGGAAACCAAGGGCUGCUGUAUGACCGGAACUGGAUGGUUGUGAAUCACAACGGAAUUUGCCUAAGUCAGAAGCAGGAGUGGCGGCUCUGCCUGAUCCAGCCCAUCAUUGACCUGCAGCGAAGGGUCAUGGUCAUCAAAGCCCAAGGGAUGGAACCUAUAGAGGUGCCUCUUGAGGAAAACAGUGAACGGGCUCAGAUUUGCCAAAGCAAGGUCUGUGCUGACAGGGUAGAUACUUAUGAUUGUGGAGAAGAAAUUUCAAGCUGGUUGUCAAAGUUUUUUGGUCGCCCAUGUCAUUUGAUCAAACAAAGUUCAAACUUCCAGAGAAAUGCAAAGAAGAAACAUGGAAAAGAUCAAUCUCCUGGUACAACAGCCACCCUUUCUCUGGUGAAUGAAGCACAAUUUCUGCUGAUAAACACAGCAAGUGUUUUGGAACUUCAGCAGCAAUUAAACGCCAGUGAUGAGAAUGGAGAGGAGGAAUUAUUCCCAAUGAAAAAUCUCAUCUCGCGUUUCCGUGCCAAUAUUAUCACCAGUGGAACAAGGGCUUUUGAAGAAGAGGAAUGGGCUGAGAUUUCAAUUGGCUCCUUGCGUUUCCAGGUUUUGGGGCCUUGUCACAGAUGCCAGAUUAUUUGCAUCAACCAGGAAACUGGGCAACGAAACCAAGAUGUUUUCCAAAAACUUUCUGAGAGUCGCAAGAGAAAGGUAAACUUUGGCGUGUACCUGACACAUGUGUCUCUGGAUUUAUCUUCUCCAUGUUUCCUGUCUGUAGGAUCUCAGGUGCUCCCUGUGUUGAAAGAGAAUGUGGAAUGCUACAAUGUACCUGCUUCUGAGAAACACCAGGAUGUUAUUUCCUAA